CAGAGACUCUUUCUGGCACUUCUGAACCAGGAAAUUCAGCAUGUGCCGGAAGGAUAAUGCUGAAUGACUUCGAUCCUUUACUGCCCUCCUCUGGCUCUCCUUUUCAUUCAGCUCUACGGGGAGAAACCAUUGGAACCUCUAAUGCUGUAUCAGCCUUUCAGGGUGAGGAGUGUGGUGUCUGUACUAUGGAACAAGCUGUAGAUUCACAGCCAGUGCCAUUAGAAUCAGAAUCUAAUACUGACAACAUGGAAAAUAGCUCUCCUGCAUCAGUUUUGGAUGAGAAAGGUGAGCAAAGCAAUGAGGAGGAACAAAAAACUAUCAAGCCUACAAGUAAAGAAUUCAGGAAGACCUGGGGGUUCCGAAGGACGACAAUUGCGAAGCGAGAAAGCGCAGGAGAUGUUGAUGUGGACUCCAGUGAACAACAUCCACAUCAGCAACAAAGCUUAAACCUGAGGCGUAGUGGACGGAAACCAAAGCGAACUUUUUAAAGAGUGGAAGAAUUUCUUACAACAGUCAGGCGCAGGGGAAGGAGGAGUGUUCCUACUAUUCUGGAAGAUUCCAGUGAACCAGCAUCCUGUCCAGCUACGGAUGCCGAAACCGCUUCAGAAGAUAGUGUUGAGAGCACUCCAGAUACAAAACCUGUAACUCGGAGGAUUAUGACUAGGAGCAGUAAGGAUCAGAAAGGCUCUAAAAGUAGACGCACUAAAGAGGAGGAGGAGGAGGAAGAAGAAGAAGAGGUGGAAGAAGAAGAGGAAGAAGAAGAAGGAGAUACUUCUGAUAGUGAUAGUGAUGGGUUAACACUAAAGGAACUGCAGAAUCGACUGAGGAACAAACGCAUUGAACAGAAACCUGUUCAGGUGACGUUGAAGGAUAUACAGCACCGCCUGAGGAAAAGAAAUUCAGAACAAGAUCCUACAGAAACUGGUGAUGUCCAGUCGGAAAAACAAGUUGAGUCUGAGUUGCCUGUCAAACAAGAGCCUGAUACCACAGACGGCACUGAGAUUGCAAGUCAAGUGGCUGUGUCUCAGGAAGAUAGCAAAGAUAUCCCGGUUCAGAAGGAGGUAAAGCCUGCCCUUGGCUCAAAAGAGGUCACAGAUGAAGAACCUGAAGAACUUCCCAAAAGCAAACCUGAGUCUGAGAUUUAUGACCCAAACGCACUGUAUUGUAUUUGCCGUCAGCCUCAUAACAACAGGUUUAUGAUUUGUUGUGACAGAUGUGAGGAAUGGUUUCAUGGUGACUGCGUGGGCAUUUCUGAGGCUCGAGGGCGGUUGUUGGAACGGAAUGGUGAAGACUACAUCUGCCCAAACUGCACCAUUCUACAGGGACAGGAUGAGUCCGUUUCAGAACUAGACCAGCAGGAAGCUAAAGCAGGGCAAGUGAAUGUGGAUGGCACAGAAUUCACCAGCAUAGGAACAAUUGAACAAAAAUCUAUUGAGGACCAAGGAAUUAAGGGUAGGAUUGAAAAAGCUGCAAAUCCAAGUGGGAAGAAAAAACUAAAGAUAUUUCAACCUGUUAUUGAAGCUGCUGGCGCAUCGAAGUGCAUUGGUCCCGGCUGUUCUAACCUGGCUCAGCCCGAUUCCGUGUAUUGCAGCAAUGACUGCAUUCUCAAACACGCAGCAGCCACGAUGAAGUUUUUAAGUGCUGGCAAAGACGCAAAACCAAAACCUAAAGAGAAGAUCAAACCAAAAUCUGAAAAACCUGCCAUGCCAAAAUCUCAGCUGCAGGCAGGUGUUAAGCCUCCUACAAACCAAAAGAGACCGUUUCCUGAGAAGAGAGAGAUGAAUAUGAAGACUGUUGUGACAACUGCCAAGACUGAGGCAAACACUCAACCUCUUGCUAAAGAGCCAGCAGCAGAAAACAGCACACCGUCCUGGGCAAGCGAUCAUAAUUACAAUGCUGUAAAGCCUGAAAGGACUGCUGCCAUUUCAUCUUCACUGUUGUUCAAAUGUAUGUAUCGCAUAGGGAUAUUCCUGAGUAAUCAUAUAAUUUUCUUUGAAUACCCUGCCACUUUUGGCUCUGCAAGACUAGGGAGUUUAGGAUUUGGGGUGUUUUUUUCUUAA